AUGAAGGGCAACGACGCGGAAGAUGAGUGCGAGGGCGUGGACACGGACGCAGAGAGGAAACGCGACGACGGUCGCGACGCGUCCGCCGGAAGGAUGCAGGAAGCAGAUGUAUCUGUCUCCGCUGCAGCCGAGAGGCGCGACGGCGACGGCCGAGAGAACUCUCCUCAGGGAAGUCAAUCGUCUAGGUUUUCUUCCCACGACUCCCCGCGCGCGUCCUCUUCUCAUCGGUCCUCUCUUGCGCGCUCGUCAUCUGCCUCGCCUUCGCCUGCCUCUGCGUCUUCGCGGGCGUCGCCUGCGUCCUCCUUUCGUUCUUUUUCUCUUUUCUCGCCUCCUUCCUCGCCGCUCGCGCCGCUCUGCCGCAGUCUGCGGGCGCGAAAUCGCAGCACGACGGCGCCGCCGGGCACCCUCGGUGUGCGGCGAGGCGACGCGGGCAGGCUGUCCUCUGAAGGUUUUGAGACCUCGAAAGAUGCCGCUACCCUGAGAGCGCCCACUGAGCCUUCCAGCUCCUGCGGCGCGCCCUCGAGCCCACAGACAGCGGCGGUGUCGCCUCUUCAGGGGCGCGUGGACGGGUGCACGAACGGGCCGCUGGAGAGGAGCGAGUCUGAGAGAAAGGCGGAAGGGAGGGGGAGAGGCUUGAAGAGCUACUGGAACAAGCGACUCAGCCGGCGCUCUGCGACGGCCCCGGAUCUCUCGAGGUCCGCCACCGGGGAGCUGCUUGGAGGGCGCAAGAAGCGCCACGAAGAGGACGCCAGCGAGCGGAAACGCAUCGCCUUUUUCGAGUUUACGUCUGCGCGGCUGCUCUCGCGCUCGUUCGGAGCGGGAAGCAAAGGCGCCGCGCCCCGUGACAAGGAGAGCCUCGCGAAGUCACCCUUGCGGCCUCCCGCCGUAGAGGCGUCCGCCAUGGCGUCUUGCGGCGGCUCGUCGCCGUCUUCGGCUCCUGUGUCCGCUGCGCCCCCGCCGGCUGCGGAUGCCGCUUCUGUCUCUCCGUCCGCGCCGCCCGAGCCGCCUGCGUCUGAACAGUCAGCCGAGAGGCCAGCAGCCUGGGAAGCUGCGGGCGAGGCGAGCGUGCCGGCGGGGGACGCGUGUCCGCUCUCUGGGCUCCGUUUGCGCCCGCAGGUGCGCGAGAGUUUUGCCGAAGGAGGCCGCCUUCUUCAGGCGCUUUUGGCUCCUUUCGUGAAGCUUCCGGCGCCCGACUCGGCUUCUCUCUUCGGAUCGGCGCUCUCCACGCCGCGGGACGCCUCCACGACGCCGCCUGUCUCGCCCCUAUUCUCUCCGGCUCGCAGGCUGAAGCCCGUGCGCGGCUCCGCGUGUCCACCCGCUGCGGCGCCCUCCACAUUCGCGCCGCCGCUAGCGCCGCCUUCGUCGUGCCUGGCGUCAGCCGCAACCUCACUCGCGCACGCAGAGCGCGCCGAGACGCAGUUGGCGAAGGACGACGACGCACGCGAGAACCGACCCGCCAGCGACCGCGAAGAGGCGCAACUCAGCCUCCACGAGGCGGCCGCGCCGGUGAAAACGAGCGACGGCUUCGAGCGCGGCGUCAACUUCUUCAGAGACGGGCGUUCGCGCUCCAAGCCUCUCGCCGACUCGUCACCGCCGGGGUCUUCGGCGGGGGGACACUCCAGGCGCGCGAAGGGCGACACGGAGAGCGAGCCCGGUGCGCUCCCGCAGGAGCUGGAGGGGAAAGGCGCGGAGAAGAACGAAAACAAACGCGGCGAGCCGUUCGCGCCCACGCAGGGACCCCGGCCGACAGCGCUUCAGCCGUCUGCUCAGUGGAUGUUCGUUCGCACAGGUGGAGAGGUGCCCUCGCCUCGUUGUGCAAGCGCUGCGGCGGCAUGGGGUGACGCGUUUUUCUUCUUCGGCGGCCUCGAUGCGAACGGCCUUUGCCUGCCGCAGACCUUCAAGUUCUCGUUUCUGUCUCUCAGGGCUCAGCGCCACGUCUGGCUGCUUUCAUCCUCAGUUGGCGACGUGCUUGACAUCCUCGAUGAAGGGUUUCGAGAUCUCUUGCGCGCGUGCGAGCUGCUGCAGCGAGAAGGCAACGACAAAGCCCAGAACUCGCACGAGUCAGCGAGAGGCACGCUCACCGAUAAAGGGAGCGAGGACGCUAGGGUUCGAAGAGAGGAGACAGCAGCCGAGGAGACUUCGUGGAGCUAUGAGAAGAUCAUUGCUGAAACCGAGCGCUUGAGGAGUGAAUGGCAGAAAAGCGAGACAUUCGACUGCCUGCACCACUUCUGCGCGGAACUGCUCAAUCCGCAUCUGCACACGCGAGCGGGGAUUUCCUCGGACGCGGAGUUCAUUUCGAUGUGCUUCUUGCGGCAAGAGGAGCUGCUGCGUUCGCCGCAACUCCUCAGCGUCCUCGAACAAGUCGAGGACCUGCAGGCCGCCUUCGUCGGCGUCUCCGGGGGCUCCACGCCUACCGACGUCACCCAGCAGGCCGGCGCAGAGUGCCGCCGAGCCCGAGAGGACGCUGCGCACCCCCAGGCCGCGAACGGCGAGAAGGCCGCUCGCGCCCACGACGGGAGAGACAGCGAAAAAGGGCUUGGAGGCGAGAACGAGGUGGAGAGCGGGGCCGGAAACGGCGCGGAAGAUGCAGCGGUGCGGCGGCCCGGGGACCUCCAGCAGCCGCCCCUGGCGCCUUUCGCCCACGGCGACAGCCCCUGGAGUGCGAAGGCCUCGUCGCCACCGCCUGGGCCUUUCCCGGGCUCGCCCUCGCCCGCCGCCUGGAGGGGCGAUGCGACGAGCCCGUCGGCCCGCGAGGCGGAAGCGAAGGAAGCGAACGGCGUGGGGCUCCACGCGCCGUUCUUCUUCGACGAAUUCACCUCAAUCAACGACUCUGAGAAGCCCGAGACGCCGGGAGCGACCUGCGCAUCCGCCGCUGCGCGCGAGCGCGAGGAGCAGCUCGGCGGAAUGCCUGACAGCGACGCGGACGCAGGCCCGAUCCCGGCUCUCGCGAGCCAGACGAGGAAGCGAACCGCCAGGAUCAUUCGGUUUGGCGACCAAGUGCGAGUUCGAAAAUACGAUAAGCCGGAGCCCGAACGGCGUCUCCUCAAGCAACGCCUGGCUCCGGGCUCCAUCAGGUCCGAAGGCUCCGCGCCGCCUCCACAGGGGGUCGCUCUUCCUGGCCGCAGAGUUGGUUACUGGCAGGCGUUGCCUUCGCUGGAGGACCCCGCAUCGUUCGCCUUGUCGCCGCGGGCUCGCUUCGGCGCGGCUUCGUGCGCCUUCCUCUCCUCCUUUUUCCUCUUUGGCGGCGCCUCCUUCGCGUCGGCUUCGCUGCCGUCCUCGACGUUCUCGCUCGCGUCGUCUUCUGCGCGGUCUUCGGAGACGCCACUUGCUUCGGCGCUGCGCUCGCUCCGCUCCUUCCAGCGGCCGCUGCUCGCUGGGCUCCCGCGCGAGCUCGCGCGGUCGCCUUCUUUGUCGCCGUCACCGUCGAUUCGUGUUUCCUCUCGAUCAGGGAGUCUGCUCUCGCGGUUCUCCUCGGCAAGCGCGACCGCGGUCGCGUCUCCGGACGUGCCCCUCCGCGACCGCGAGCCGCUCGCGCGGUCGUUCGACGAGGCUUUCGCCCUGCUGGGCGAAACGGGGGGACGCGUCGAGAACGAGGCGCAGGAGAGGGAGACGCGGGUGCUCGCGGUGGAGUAUCUGAACGACUUGUGGAUUUUCGACAUGCAGGACGAAGUAUGGAGGCCUGCGCAUCCCGGCGUUCUCGCCCCCCCGUCCUGCCCGCCGCGGGCCCCGUCUCCAUCGCUCUCAUUUGUUGCUUCACCCGCGUCGUCUUCGUUGGUCACCUACGCGCCCCUGCGUGCUUCUUCAGCGGCCUCUUCGCACGCGCGUGUAGGAUCCGCGUGUGGCCUGUUGCCGGCGUCGUGCUCGUCGUCCCUUCCUGCGCCGCUGGCUGGCCUCGAAUCCGACUGCCACGGGGCAGCCGAAGAGACGCUGGGGCUCCACAGCGGAGACGGGGACAGCGGAGGCGGCGACAGCGCCGAUGCCUGCGGCGGCUGCGAGGCAGCGGCCGCAGUCCCCUCCGACCCGAUGCCUCACGUCGCCUGUCACACAGUCAGCCCUCUUGGUGCUGUCUCGCCUGCUGCGGAGCCCGUCUCGCCGGAAGGCGACGAGGGCCCCCCGCCAAGUGCCAGCGAGACGCGGACGCCUAAGGCGGAGAGAAGCGGAAAGCCGAGCGUGCCUUCCAAGCGGCGAGAUUGCGUCCUCUGCCCCGUCAGCCUUCCGCAGAGCGGCACCGGCAAAUCAAAUCUAGGCCUGCUUCUCUACGGAGGAAUCGGAGAAAACAAUCAACUGUUGAAGGACGUCUGGCUGUUUGAUCUGCAGGCGCGGCGGUGGAGCGCCGUGUCUCCGUCUUGGAUGACGCCGCCGCAGUUCUGGUUUGUCGCCUCUGCGUCGGUCGCUCCUCCGGGGCACGCCUACCACACAGCAUGCGUCUCGGGACUCACUGAGGCAGCCUCUCAAGAAGUUUUUCGUCUGUCCCCCCCGGCAGGCCACCGUGCAUGCGCGUGCCGCGCGCCGGCGAGCGCAGCAGACUGGCGCCCAGACUCGCAAGCGCGUCCGCCGCGUUCUCCCGCUGCAGACGCGCCGCCGACGCGUGAGAGGGACGCGAGCGCCCCAGACGCACGCGCGGCCGCAGAGGCUGAACGAACCGCAGACAGAGGACAGACGCACACUCAGGGCGGCGACCGCGGCGCUGAAGAGCAGCAGAAAAGAGAGGUACACGACGAGUCCGCGGCGGAGAGAGGAGAGGGAGAUGAGCGCGAAGAAGAGGGCGACUCGCGAGCGGAGCUUCUGCAUGAGAGCUCCGCGGGAGACGCACGUCAAGAAGGAGGGGAGGGCAGCGAGGCGCGGGCAGCGAGGGAGACCGGCAAUCGUCUCGCGUGGCUGGACUGCUUAGCCGAUCCGCGCGGCGCCGCGCUGGCAGCUCAAAAGUCCGCGGCUAUCACUGCGGCGACAGUCUCUGUUUCACGGCGCUCGCCGUUUCGUUCUGCGUCGGCGCGCUCUUCUUCUCUUCCGUUUCCGUGUUCGUGGAAGCACGCGCACCGCGCGGCAACUGACGCCCCUGCGGCAUCGUCGUCGCUCCGCGGCGCCGAGAACGAGGCCGUGGGGCCUAGCCAGUCGCCCGCCGAGAAGCACGAUGCAGUGAGCGCCGAAGAGAAGGCGCAACCACAUGAGGGACCCCAGGCGCCGCGUUGCGGCGUUCCGCCGUCGUUCUCGUCUCCCGAGAACGCCCCUCGGCCGCUGUGUACUUGCCUCGCGUCGAUGUCUGAGAAGCAGAAAGGCAGCCUCGCAGAGGCCGUCGAGGCUGCCGAGCGCAGUCUCGCCCGCGUAGUCUUGAUUUUCGGUGGACUGGUGGGAUGUGCCGCCGGUGGAGGGCCCUCGUCCGCGGCUGCCAAGGAGAAAAAAGACGAGCGUCUCUCUGAGAGCGAAAAACAGCCCUCUGGCGCGCUGAGAGCGGGCUUCCCCGCGGGCGCCUCGGCCGCCGCCGGGAAGACCUGGAGCUGGGGCCGUGCGUCCCUCGGCAGGCAGAAGGAGAGACGGAGAGAGAAGAAAGAGAGGCGUGAAAAAGACUUCGAAGAGGACGAACUCUGCCUCCUGGGCGAGCGCACCCCAGAGGCGGCGGGAGGCCUCGAAAGCCGAGACCGCGAGGCCGCGGCGCCCUCGUCGCCUGCCAAAGAGGCGCCGAAGCGCUUUCCAGUCGGAGAAGGCGACGCGAGAAAAGAGACCUCAGGCGAUGGACGCGUUCCCAUAGCGUCUGCAUCUCUCCCUUCAGAAAGCGCGAGUUUCUCCGGCUUUGCAGGAAGCUCAGCGGCGUCUGGGCCUCUGAGCCCUGUCGGGGGCCCUCCCGGCGCCUUGGGCUCGCCGUCCUCUUUGGUGUCUUCUUCCUCGCGGUGGUCGAAGCUGACGACUUGGCAGCGGCUGUGGCUGGACCCCCGGGAGGCAGCCACUCCGGCAGAGAUCUCCAAUGCGCUCUUUGAGUACUACGUCGACAGCAACGUCUGGGUGAAGUGCGAGGCCUCCGGAGACAAACCGUCGCCACGCAUUCGACAUUCGGCGGCCGUCGUGGGUGCGUACAUGCUAGUCUACGGCGGCCGAGGCGCGGACGGAGCUCUGUGCUGCAUGUCGACGCUGUAUCGACUGCACAUUCCCACGAAGACGUGGGUCAGCAUCUCGCUCGGCGGCGUCCGCGUGCCACGCACGGAGCUCGCGGCCGGCCUCGUCUUAAACAACUGCCUCUACGCGUUCGGUGGUCACGACAGCCAGGAUCGCGUGACGAAUCUGAUGGUCGCGGCGCAGGUCGGCGCGAACCUCGCGGCGCGCCCGAAACAGGGCGCUCGGAAGCCGCGGCCCAAGCUGCGAGAGAAGAAAGACCGCGAGGCCCCAGGCCGCGCUUGUCGUUUCAAUGCUUCACGGCCGCCUACGCAAGCCUUGCGCGGGUCGCCUGCGGAGGAGGCUCACGUGCUGCCCAAAGGAACAACGCUCAUCCGAGGACAGCGGUUUUCGGGGCUCAAGCUCGCGCGCUCUGCGGGCAGAGUCAAGCGCUUUCGCGAUGGACUUCUUGCUUCCCACUCCCCCUUUUUCAAUCUCCACAGCAGCGGCACCGCGAGGGUUCGACUGCGAGACAGUCUCCAGGAUCCGCUAGAGAGUUUAGAGAGCUCACCCAGGGCUCCGGCCUCCGCUUCGGAAACUUAA